AUGAUAAAGACUUUGAUUUGCCUCUCCCUCAUUCUCCUCCCUCUCAUCUCUGCGGAGGGAGGAAUUGUCUCUGUCUGGAAGACGGUCGAUGCCUUGGCUCCGGAGAUUGAAUUAAUCGCCAGAUUUGCAGUUGAUGAGCAUAACAAGCAGUCGAAGGAGGUUCUUGAGUUCGUGAAGGUCGUCCAAGCAAAGGUGCAAACAGUCGUCGAUACAAUAUACAAUCUGAUCAUCGAGGCGAAGAAUGGCGCCGAUGGUCCGGACGAGAACUUCGAGGCCGUUGUGAUUAUACAUGAAAACAAUAAGGCCCUUAUUUCAUUCGAGGUGGCGGCAUAGAUCGAAAUUUUGAUUUUUAUUAAAACUUCGUUCUUUGUCUGAUAUCAUGAUUUGAAGCUUUGACAUUAUAUGUUGUUUUCGGAUAAAAAUAAAUGGGAGAUGUGUUCUUUUUUCUGAGUUUCAACAAAAGACUCUUGUGUUGUUGACAUUUAUAUGUUUGUUGUUGUUCUUGUAUUUGAAUAAAAAUUAAAUGGGAGAUAUGCC